AAGACGAAGGUGGUAAGAACAUCUCGCCACCAGAUUCCUCCUCUCUCAGUUCUCGAUCAAUCUUCCUCGGAGAAAAAUUAUGGCCGGAAAAGUUGAGGUUCUGCCAAAAGAGUACGGCUACAUCGUUUUCACCAUCAUUGCCUACGGUUUCGUCAACCUGUAUAUGCAGAUUCAAGUCGGCAAAGCUCGAAAGAAGUAUAAAGUGUGGUACCCAACACUCUACGCCACCGAAGCUGAUACCAAGGAUUACAAAAUCUUCAACUGUAUUCAGAGAGGGCAUCAGAACUCGCUUGAGUCUUUACCGAUCUUCUUUGUUUUUAUGGUUUUGGGAGGGAUUCAGCAUCCACUUAUAUGCUCGGCUCUUGGAUUGGUUUACUCAGUCAGCCGAUUUUUCUAUUUCACCGGUUAUUCCUCCGGUAAUCCUAAGGGACGUAUCCCAAUUGGGAAAUACAAUAGUGUUGCAUUGGUGGGGCUUCUGUUAGCUAAUAUUUCGUUCGGGGUGAAUCUUAUCAGGGCAUAAAUCAUAAGAAUCAUCAAGAAAACCAUGUCCUUUUGACGAAUGACGAUUUGUUUUGGUAUUUAUGUUCAUAGGAAGUAAAUGGUGAUUUUACAUGGCCUUGGCUCUUAAGCUGUUGUAGUAGAAUAUAGUUGUAAACUUGUAAUACAAAAGAAGGUGUCUUGGAAAGGAUAGUUCCAACUUCCAACUUCCAAGAACUUUGUAUUAGUGUCGGUAUAUGUUAUAUUAUAAGCCCGAAGUUUUUUAUGUU